AUGGCGUCACUUCUUUAUGGAAGUCAAACAAUCACAAUAUAUAGAAAGUCAAGAUGUAUACGUUCUAUAGAUAUUAUUACAAUAUUAAUUAUAUCUAGUUGUGGUUCUGGUUUUAAUCCAAUCGAAUUACGUGCCAUUUCUGCGAGAGCCUGGAGCGAAUUGAAAAACUACCCUCCACAUUUUCGCAGUCACUUCUCUAGAAUGGCCAAUAUGACUAAUGAUUAUUUUGAAAAUAAUCCUGGCGCUUCAUCCUUUCAAUUAUCAAAUACUUAUAGAACAACACCAUUGAGAAUCACAACAUCAGACGCAUCACGCUUACAACGAGCGCUUGUUGACUUACCCACGCCUAGGUCAUUAGAAGAAGCUGAGUCAAUGUUGUAUAAUAGGAAUAUGCCUAUUCCUACAGAAAGCACUCCGAUCGUUCACGAAAGUGAUAAUACACCUGACAAUUUAUUUGCUUCCAUGUUGACUGAAGGGUCUGCUUCGCCAUUUUAUUAA